AUGCUGGUCCUUGGAUGUCGGCGAAUGAUCAGAGUCGCGUACGACCGAGGCCUCAGGGCUGGUCCCUCGACCAACACCAACCCCGACACCACCAACACAAACCCCAAUACCAACACGAUGAACACGAUGAACACGACGAACACCACCAUGAACACCACCAACACCACCGACGCAGCACCAACACCACCAACAUGA